GCGUGCGCCCUUGCUUCGUGCCCUCAACCCGCAUGGCGGAGCCACGGGCGGGCCGCGGAAAGGCCAGACGUGUCGGGCGGUUCCGGCCCCCGCGCUGAGCCGCGGGGGAGGGGCGGAGGACGCCCGUGCGGCCGGUGCGUCUGCCCUUAGUGAGGCGGGGCGCGCGGCGAACGCCCCCGGGCAGGGGCGGGAGUGGUGAAGGCGCCGGCGGUUGGCACUGAAAGGGGCGGUGAGCGAGCUGCUCGGUUCGCUAGGCGAGGCUUGGCCUUCCGAGCAGAGACGGGGCGAAGCGGUGGUGGCGGCGGCCCUCGGGCCGGCUGGUGAGGUGAUGGCGGCGCCGGCCCCGGGGGCUGGGGGAGCCUCGGGCGGCGCUGGCUGUAGCGGCGGCGGCGCGGGCGCGGGCUCUGGGUCCGCGGGGGCCGGGGGCCGGCUGCCAAGCCGGGUGCUGGAGUUGGUGUUCUCCUACCUGGAGCUGUCCGAGCUGCGGAGCUGCGCCCUGGUGUGCAAGCAUUGGUACCGCUGCCUGCACGGCGAUGAGAACAGCGAGGUGUGGCGGAGCCUGUGCGCCCGCAGCCUGGCAGAAGAGGCUCUGCGCACGGACAUCCUCUGCAACCUGCCCAGCUACAAGGCCAAGGUACGGGCUUUCCAACAUGCCUUCAGCACUAAUGACUGCUCCAGGAAUGUAUACAUUAAGAAGAAUGGCUUUACUUUACAUCGAAACCCCAUCGCUCAGAGCACUGAUGGUGCAAGGACCAAGAUUGGUUUCAGUGAGGGCCGCCAUGCAUGGGAAGUGUGGUGGGAGGGCCCUCUGGGCACUGUGGCAGUUAUUGGAAUUGCUACGAAACGGGCCCCCAUGCAGUGCCAAGGUUAUGUGGCAUUGCUAGGCAGUGAUGACCAGAGCUGGGGCUGGAAUCUGGUGGACAAUAAUCUACUACAUAAUGGGGAAGUCAAUGGCAGUUUUCCACAGUGCAACAAUGCGCCAAAAUAUCAGAUAGGAGAAAGAAUUCGAGUCAUCUUGGACAUGGAAGAUAAGACUUUAGCUUUUGAACGUGGAUAUGAAUUCCUGGGGGUUGCCUUUAGAGGACUUCCAAAGGUCUGCUUAUAUCCAGCAGUUUCUGCUGUAUAUGGCAACACAGAAGUGACUUUGGUUUACCUUGGAAAACCUUUGGAUGGAUGACAGUGGCUUUCUUGGGAUGAAAGACUGAGUGGAGGAGAGAUCUGCUUAUGGAAAGUAGAACCAUGAAGUGACAGUGUCAUACGUGCAUGUCCAAGAAACAUCCUGAAAAACACGUGAAAUUGUAAACUGGAGAAGCAACUCUACAGCAGAUUAUCUUUGUGUUUCCUCUUUCUACUGGGCCAGAAAAAUCCUCAGGGUUGCAGUUGGUUGAGUGGGCAGUUGACAUAUUGCAUGUUGCAACAGAUUUUGUCUCUAAGUUAGCAAUGUGUUAUUUCCAACUUUAAAGGUGAGAUUUUAGAGAUGCUGUAAAAGGGAUAAGAUAAGGAAAUAGCAGAUUUUUAAGUUGUGUGUUUGUGAAGAAAGAUUGGUCCCAUCUUACAACUGCCUGUUCUUUCUCCAGUCCUUUUUUCCAGCCAGCUUGACUAUUAAUUAGAAAAGUAUGAAACUGGUUGGGUUUUAUUUAAUAUUUUUAAUAUAUUGAGAAGCAUGGUCUGCCUGGAUGGCACUUCUCUAAAAGUGAGAUAUAAAAUUGUGCAGCUAUUUUAAAAGUUGUAUAUACAAUAUGUGUGUAAAAAAACUGUAAAAAAGAAAAAAGGACAAAGAGGUUGCUUUGUUCUAGUUCAAUCUCUUAAAAACCACUACAUGGUACAAAAAUCAGAAUAACUUUUGGGGACAAUUGGGUAACUUACAGAGAAGAGGAUUUUAAGAGGUGUGUUGUAUUGGCUCAUUUUGUAUUAUUUUUGGCUUACAGUUCCCAUUGUUAUUACAAUCCGUUGGGUUUUUUGUUUUAUUUUUUACAAUCAAAAUUAUAGUAAAGGUCCCUAAAUCUCCUGGCUAAAGAUUGAGGAAAGAGGCAAAUCUAUUUGUAAUCACACAUAUGUCAGUAAGGAUGAUCUAAACAUAAUAGUAAUGUGCGUCUUUUUUGGUAUAUAGUUUUAUUUUUUGGCCUUCUGAGAAAGUGUCUCAUAACACAGGACCCUGUCAUUUGCUCUUAUAUGCCUCAGAUAUAGACUCUAGGAAAAAAGAAUUGAUUUAAUUAUCCUUUUAUUUUGUAACUUUAUGAUGCUGUAGAUAUUGUCAAAAAAUUUUUAAUUUAAUAUUGUUUACAUUAUGCAACAAUCUAAGCCUCAAACUCUUUUUUGGGGCUAUAAAGAAAAUGUUUACUUACCCACCUGAAACAGGUUAAGAAUAUUCUUAAUCUCAGUAUAGAUAAUUGCCCCCAUGGGACUUGAAAUAUAUAACACCUUGUGCUGAAAACUACAGGUUGGCAAUGUUUUGAAGGUUUCAUUGUGGAAAAGUUUAACAUUAAUUCCUAUUUUGACUUAUAAAUCUUAUUUCUCUUCACUAAAACUUUUGAACUAAUAAUCCAACACACAUGAGCUGAGAUUUUCUUUUGUUAGAAGAGAAACAAACAUCUUUCUGUAUGAAAGUAUAAAUUGUAUGGUUUUAGAUACAUAAGAAUUGAUGAGGGCAAGUGAAAUAUUUGUACUUUUUUUGGUUAUUGCUCUAUGUAUAUUUUGUUUUAAAUCUAAUAAAAUUAGGGACAGCAAGCAGUUGGCUGGGGUUCUUGGGUUGCUCCUUGAGAGUUAAGAUUGUCAGUACUCCUAUGAUGCAGGGGAUUUCAGCCAUAGAACAAAGAUUUAUUGUUGCCACCUCAAAGUUUUACAAGUAUUUAUUGUGUAUUUGGUAUGUUGCUUGAAAAGGUAAAAUCUGUUAAAGAUUCUUUUUGAUAUCCAUAUCAAGAAGAAACCUUGUACAGAGUGAAAUUAAUAUGUUAAAUGUAUUAGAGAAUAUAGCUGGUAUAGAAGAAAUUGAUUUUUUUGGUGCAGAGCAAUUCAAUUUGGCAAGGUUUAAAAUUUGAUUAAAGAAGAGAAUGGUUCAGGAUGAUAAUGGACUAAUUAGAAAGUGAUACAGUUUUUUAAGUACUUGUUUCUUUUUCAGGUUGCAAUAUGGCCAAUUCCAAGAGCUUUUGCUGAGAGUUUUAUCUUGUUAGUAAACAUUCAUUUGCAACAAAGUUUUGAAGGGGUGGAAUGCAAAACAAAAACACAUGGUUAUUGCAUAUUGGACCUAGAAUCAGAUAAUUGCCUAAAUAUUUAACAAACCAUUCUAUCUCAAAGAUUUAAAUUCCUUUAUGUCGCAUUUGCAAAUUAAAUAAGAUGGAGGUUCAUAGUUAGCAUGAGCAUCUGAAGAAUGAAAAGCCUUCAUUUGUUAGCUUAUACAUAAAUUUGUUACUAGAGACCAAUAGCUCUACAGAAUAUUAAACUGCUGCAAUGUUCAAAGAAAUGGAAUCUCUUUUUCAUUGGUGCUCAAAGAGCAUUUAGUUAGAUACUGAAGAUUAAGUAUAAAUCAUCUAAACGAUUGGUUCUCAACCUUGGCUGUACUUUGGAGUCACUUUUGGAGUGCUUUAAAAAAUAUGGGUGCUUGGGUUCCAUAUGUUAAGAUUCUGAUGUUGAUGUGACCUGGCCAUAAGGAUUUUUUAAAACUUUGUGAUGAUUUCAAUAUGCUGCCAAGCUUGAGAAUCAUUGAUCUAAAAUUCACCUUGAGUUUUCUCAUCUGCAAAAUAGAAAAAAAUCCUUGCUCCCUCCCUUGACUACCUCAUAAGGAUAUUGAAGGUAAAGGAAAAAAUAAUGGGAAAAUGCUUGUGCUGUGGGUGAAAAUGCUAUUAAAAGGCAAAGUAGUGUUCUAUUUCAACUGAAACUUUGAUCAGGAAAAAAAUGUGUAAUUGUGCUUUGUUGACUUGGGAGACUGGGAGCACUUUCUUUGAUUCUUUAAUGAAGCAUGUAGAUGUGGAAGCAAACAUCACUAUUACUCUUUUGUCAUAAUUGAGAUAGGCUGUUUAAUUACCUGGUUUUACAUAGGAAAGAACUAUUAACGCUUAAAGUCUGUAAUGGUCAGUGGCUGAUAAUCAUUAAAUCUUCUCAUACAAGGAA